GCCUGUCUCUGCUUACGCAGCCCUGGUUUAUGAGGGAAAAUGUAUCGUCUCGGCCAACAGUUUAUCUCCAAGAUCGCUUUCAAUUCCUUUUUAUCCACUGUGCCACGGGAAUAUUUUCAUUUUACGAGACAAUACAAUAAAAGCUGGUCGUGUAUUGGCUGAUUUUAGGUAAAAAAAUAUACAUUUUUCUGAACGAAAAUGCCAAGGACCAAGAAGAAGAAUGGCAGGGGGGGGCAGCAUGGAAAUGUGCAGCCUUUCAGCGAUGAGGACGCCUCGAUUGAGACCCUCAGUCAUUGCAGCAGCUUCAGUGAUGCCACCAGUGUAGCAGAUGAAGGUGGAGAGGCCAGUGAGGACACAGCCCAGGAGGAUUUCCAGUACAAGUUGAAGGGGUUCAUAGACAGCACAGUGGACAAGAGUGCUAAGACCAGGCAGGGGGCGCUGGACGGACUUAAGACAGCAAUGGCCACACGGAUCCUGUAUGAGUUCAUCUCGGAGAGAAGGAUGACCAUCACAGACAGCAUCGAACGCUGCCUCAAGAAGGGCAAAGGUGAGGAGCAGCGAGCGGCAGCUUCUUUAGCCUGCCUGCUGUGUAUCCAGCUGGGCUCGGGCAUCGAGAGCGAGGAGGUGCUCAAAACCUUGAAACCCAUCUUCAAAAACAUCCUGGCAGAUGGAUCAGCCAACAUACAAGCCAGACAGGCUGUGGCGACAAGUCUGGGCCUCUGUACUUUAGUUGCAGAAGACGACAUUCUGGACGUGCAUGCCACCAUGGAGUGCUUUGAGAACCUGUUCACCCGGUCCUACGCAAGGGCGGAUGGUACCUGUCCUUCGAUCAGUCCCCAGACAAGCCAGCUCUACACCAACGCCCUGCUGUCUUGGGCACUGCUGCUUACCAUCUGCACUGCCAGUCAGCUCAAAGACAUCCUGCGCAAAUACCUGCCCAAACUGCCAAAGUUACUGGAGAGCGAAGAUGUCAACAUGAGAAUUGCUGCAGGGGAGACCAUUGCCCUGCUCUUUGAGCUGGCCAGAGACAUGGAUGCUGACUUUGAGUUUGAUCAGUGGGAAGAGCUGUGUGAUAAACUGAACGCAUUGGCCACAGACUGCAACAAACACAGAGCCAAGACGGACAAGAGGAAGCAGCGGUCUGUGUUCAGGGACGUGCUCAAGGCUGUUGAGGAGGGUGACUUCCAGUCGGAGACGAUUCGCUUUGGGACAGAGCGUAUGACCAUUGACAGCUGGGUCAGAAAGAGGACAUACGAUGCCUUCAGAGAGUUUGUGGGCUCUGGGAUGAACUACCACCUACAGGCAAAUGAAUUCAUCAGAGACGUGUUUGAACUGGGACCACCUAUACUGGUUGAUUCAGCCACAAUGAAGGCCAUGAAAAUAUCUCGCUUUGAAAGGCAUCUCCACAACUCGGCUGCAUUCAAGGCUCGGACCAAGGCCAGAAGCAAGUUCAGGGACAAGAGGGUGGAUGUGGGAGAGUUUUAAAUUUUUUUUUGUUUGUUUUUCUCAAUAUUGUAUUUAUCAGGCUUCUCUGCUUUUUAGAUGAAUUGUCACUUUUUGUUCACCUGUCCCUUCGCCUGAAAUCUAUUUUUUGACUGUCAUACUCUCACCCUCUGUAGACGUGUAAGGUAGCUGUAUCAGAUACUCUGCUAUAUAAUGGACAAAAUAAUAUUUUCGUAGCUACGUUUCAAAUCUACAGGAGGUGAGUGUUUGAUAAUCAAACAGUAGGUUUUUGGGUGGAGUAUAACUUUAAUAUAUCCACACAGAAACAGUGGUGUUGUACAUAUAGUGUAUAUUUGUUUACUCCUUUUUGUUGAUAUUCAUUCUGUGGCCUUUUUCUUUUGAACAUUGUAUUAAAUUAUAUCAUUUUGCUAGCAUCUGUCUUGCACAGUGUACUUCUAUUUAGUUAAUAGUAAAGUCAAGACAAAUGUGACUGAUCUAACCCUUUGAUUGAAUUGCAUUAAGUUGCACUACCUAGUUGACCCAUAGCUGGUUAUUUCUGUAGAACCACGGUGAAUAUUGUGCUGUAUUUUAGUAAUGGGUAUGUAAUUUAAAGGCUGGGUGGUGAAAUAAACACUGAAAAGCUGUAACAAA